AAUACCAAAGAAGGGAACUCACUUUAUCACCGGAAUCUUCCGACUCUAGCCUCAACAAUUUCAUUUGUCUUUGUAUCUCUUCGUCUGCGCUGCCCUCUGCUCGUUGCCUUCAGCUCUCUCUCUAUCCAUUUCUCUCAAGAUGUCAGAAGAAGCACCUUUCUAUCCCAGAGAAAAGCUUGUUGAGAAGCAAAAGUUUUUCCAAAGUGUUCACAAGCACACAUACUUGAAAGGUCGUUAUGACAAGAUCACCUCAGUGGCCAUUCCAGCUGCUUUGGCAGCUACUGCUUUGUUUAUGAUUGGGAGAGGGAUCUACAAUAUGUCUCAUGGCAUAGGUAAGAAGGUUUAAAUGGUGGUGUCUGCUCGACCAUCGUUACUAUGGCAGCUGAAGUUCGAAAGGGGAUAUUUUAGACCUGUUUGUUCAUUUGUGGACUUACUUAUUAGUAGCUAAUACUGGUUAGACGCAGACAAUAGAGCGUGCCGAUAUAUGGCAUUUGCCAUCAGUACUCGGCAGCAUAAAACAAUUGCUCAUGUGUUUGGGUUUUAUGGAUAUUUGUAUUAGACAGUGCCGUUGUGGAAAUCAGCAUGGCAACUAAUGCAUCUUCCUUUAUCGUAU